AUGAUUAUAUGUAAAUGUCCAGGGGGUUGGGCAAGUGCACCUGAUGGACCAUACUCUUGGGGGUAUUGCUAUCUCAAGGAACAAAACCCUGGAUCUUAUUGUGCCUGGGAUCCUAAUUACCAGUCUACUGCUGGUAAGCAGUAUUAUGGCCCUGGUCGAAUUUCAACUUUCUUGUUUGGGCCCCACUAUGGACAGUGUGGAAAAGCAAUAGGGGCGGACCUGUUGAACAACCCAGACCUAGUUGCUACAGACCCUGUUAUUUCAUUCAAGACAGCACUCUGGUUCUGGAUGACCCCUCAGUCACCCAAGCCCUCAUGCCAUGAUGUGAUCACCAGGAGAUGGAACCCGUCUGGAGCCGACAAGUCAGCAGGUCUGGUUCCCGGUUACGGGGUCACUACAAAUAUCAUUAACGGUGGACUUGAAUGUGGUAAGUGCUGGAACGCUAAGGUGGAGGAUCGCAUUGGGUUUUAUAAGAGGUACUGUGACUUGCUUGGAGUUGGCUAUGGCAACAACCUUGACUGCUACAACCAGAAGCCUUUUGGGUCUGAUCUCAAUGUUAUUCAAUUGCCUGAAAAUUAAUUGUAAUUUGUACCCAAUAAUGUGUGUUCUUUUUCUUUUUUUUUGGGUGGUUGGUGUCACUACUGUUGUGACACUAAUUCAUGUGAUGCCUAGUUAUGAGAAUAAUCGUAACUCUGAGAAAUGAAAUAAUAAUGAAUUUUUCAUUUAACUUCAUGCAUGCUAAGAAGAUGUAGUCUAAUGAAAAAGAGUUUUAACUUGAAUA